AUGGCAUGCACUUACACAACUCCUCCCAAGAAGCCGAUCAAGGAUUUCUCACAAGACUUCUACUCUGCUGGGUUCAUUCCUGGAGCUAUUCUCUACUUUGCAAACGAUCUACUAAAAGAUGAUGCUGCCGUUUCAAGUCCUUAUCUUAAUGAAGAGAUCAUGUUUCUGAGAGAUGUAGAGGCCAUAAUCAAAGAAGCGGAACCAGUUGAGCCAUCUCCAGAGCCAGUCACGACUGUACCCGUUGACCAAGCGCCUAAACCCACGGAGAAGAAGAAGGCCACAAAGGCUAAGUGGUUUAAAAUGUGA